AUGCUAAGAUACAAGCUGCAGAUACUUGGUCUCAGCGAAGUGCGCAGAAACGGAUUUGGAGAAUUACGAAUGUCUGGAGGCCUUACAUUUCUUUACUCAGGGAAGGAAGACGAAGAAGGAGCACGUGAGAACGGAGUUGGAUUCCUCCUUUCUGACACCGCGAAGAAGAGCCUCCUGGACUGGAAACCUAUCUCAGAGCGAAUCAUCACAGCUCGGUUUAACAGUAGGGCCCGCAAGAUAACCGUCAUUCAGUGUUACGCGCCUACAAACUUGGCGUCAGAGGAGGACAAGGACGAUUUCUAUAGUGCACUCAAUCUGACUAUAAAGAACAUUCGCAAACAAGACAUAGUGAUCGUCAUGGGGGACCUGAAUGCCAAGGUUGGCACGGAAAACGUCGGCUGUCAAAGACACAUGGGCACACACGGGCUGGGAGGCCGCAACGAUAAUGGAGAGAGAUUCCUGGAGUUCUGCCAGGACAACGAUCUUACCAUCGGGGGGACAUUAUUUAUACAUGGUGAUCACCACAAGUACACUUGGAAUUCACCCGAUGGAGUCACCAAGAAUCAAAUCGACCACCUUGCUAUCAGCGCCAAAUGGCGCUCAUCACUGCUUGAUGUCCGCAACCGUCGUGGCGCGGAUAUCGAUAGCGAUCACCACCUUCUAGUUGCCAAGGUACGACUCAAAGUAGCUGUAGCUCGGCCCACAAACACCACUACCAAGGUUGGGAAACGAUUUGAGAUCAACAAACUACAGGACCCAGUCGUAGGUGAGGCCUUUAGGUUAUCACUACGAAAUCGCUUCUCCGCCCUUGAAGCGGACCAUUCAUCUGUCAACGCGGAGUGGAACUACAUCAAAAUGGCCUACACAGAGACCAGCUCCGUCGUUCUUGGUUACAAACGCCAUGGACGCGAGGACUGGAUGUCACAGAGAACUUGGAAUCUCAUUGAGGAGAGGCGCAAGUCUCACCUUCAAAUUCUGGCAACUAUCGAUGAGGCAGUGCGCGAAGACCUGAGGGUGCAAUAUAGGCGCAUACGCAAAUCCAUAUACCGCAGUGCUCGCCACGAUCGGCGAGUGUGGGCGGAAAAUGUGGCGGAUUGCGCCCAACGCGCUGCCAACUCCGGUAAUCUCAGAGAGAUGUACAAGGCGACGAGGAUCUUGACCGGAAAACGGGCCUUGAAGAAGAAGCCCCUGAAGGACAAAAGGGGUGAACUGAUUGCUACAUCGGAGGGACAGCUCCAACGGUGGCGUGAACAUUUUGAGGAAAUUUUCCAAGUCUCAAAUAGCCCCAUAACACCAACCACAGCUGCCAACCUGCCCGCUGUAAGCCUCGAUAUCGACGAGUCUCCCCCACUGAAGAGGAAGUAG